CUCCUGCUUUAAAUUAUAUUUAUGCUUCCUGAAACACCGAACCUCAUCCAUCUUGCCAUGGGGAGGAACAUACACAUAAAUAAAAGCUUAAAAGUACCCAAACGGACACAAACAGCGGAGCAUGCAUGCAAGAGACGAAAGCAUUCACAAGAGCUUUGCAGCCACCCACGCUCUUACCGUGCUACCGCUCUUGCUAGCUAUCUACAUCGUCUUCCCAAAACGAGCCUCAGUGUCGCAAUAAAGUAUCUGUCAUCUCUCUAAGUUACUAACAACUGGUUCUUUGCUUGCAGAGAAGUGGCGCUUUUCCUUUUUGGAAUCUCUGUCUUUUCUCACUAAUAUCCAAAAUGGUUGUCCAACGCGGAUUCUCGCUGCAGCUCGUGGACGCGGAGACGCAGCAGCCUUUGAAAGAGUACAUUGGUCCCAGCGGUGUCGUCCAUUACGCUCAAGCCAAACCCGGUGGGGAAUACUUUUUGAGAUUUCACGUGCUACACGAGGAAAAGACGUCCGAAGAGAGUACCAACAAGGAGAAUGACGACCAUGGAUCGAGCAUGUAUUAUUUCCGCCCGUCAGUCGAUGGAAAAGAUCUGGGAUUUUACACCAAUUUGACCGAGGCACAGGGUGCCAGAGAUGUCGGUCUCUGGACCUAUAUCAAUGGGAUUGGUACAAAUCAAGCACUCAAGUUUGACGAAGCACCUGCUGCCAAGCCGGGUUCGGUGGCAUCCACCGCCACCGAGAGAGAUGUGCCGUCCUCCGAGGCACCCGCCAAGACCGGUCCACCUCGUUUGCACAUGGGAAAUGUACAAGUGCAAGUAUCCAAAGCCGUCUUCACGGGAUAUCAAAAGCGUGUAUAUGCCACGGUUCCAGCCCUUACCCAGGAAGAGACCGUGGUAGCGGAAACAGCGGUUUCCAUCUCUGCCAAUUCCUCAGUUCAGGAAGUCGAGGAGGAGGAAGUCAGCAGCAAAGGAGCGAAUAAUGCAAAAGACAAGGAUAACUCCCAAGAUUCCAACAAGACCGAAGGAAGCAUGGAACCAGUCGCUGUCUUGAGGUCACGAGAGGGAAAGGCUCGUUUUGAGCAGAAAUUCACAGAGGAGUGCACCACAUACAAACCAGGAGAGUUGGUGGAAACCAUCACCAUUCAUUAUGGAAGCACAGAAGCAUUGAUUCAAGCCGGGGUCUUGCUUCCUGGUGGAACAGUGCCACAAUAUGUCAAGGUCGCUCCGGCUCCAGUGCAAGAAGUCACGACGGAACAAGUCAAAACCAUCCGAGAGGAUGCAUCUGCAACGACCGGGGAGAGGCCAGUGGCAUCCGGUCCCUUGUUGGAUGCGUCGGCUUCCACAGCACCGAGUGGCACCAAAAGGUUUCAUGACGAGAACGAGGUGUCUGAUAUUCGAUACGAACCACUUGAAAGAGAGUAA